AUUUAUUAAGUUGAGUCAUAUUACUUCUUUGGAAAGUGAAAAUAGUGACAUAUGUGUUCAAGGAUCACCAAACGCUUCACUGUUUGAAUUUCUGAAGUACAAUUUUAUUGUGAAAUUCCGAUAUAAGUACUAUAUUAUAAUUUUAAGACUCGCAUUCCUGUUUUUUUUUAUAACAAUACUAGUUCUGUCACCGACACAAUGUCUGGGAACGUGUCUAAAAAGGAGUUGGAAUUCCAGUUGAAACAGCUUCAUGGAUCUAAGAAGUUGGAAAUGGAGCAAGAAGCUCAAGACAGACAUUCCUUACGAGUCCAAAGAUACAUGGAUAAAGAAAUAAAGGCAACUCAAGAAGAGCUAGGUGAUAUCGUUGCUUCGACAUCGCAAGGUCAUCACCCACGUCGACGCGGAUCAAUACCAACGAUCUCAGUUUCACCAGCAGCUCUGAAUGCACCCCAAUACUCCCAUUACCAAGAGGGUGAUCAUCUGAAAAUCAAAACCAAACACAAUCUCAUAUUGUCCGAAAAACUGUCCGACAACAUAAGAACAAGGGAGGCUCGUAGACGUGAACGGAGUUUGUCGCCGGCAAGGGAUAUACGACGAGUCAGUUCGGCGUCGAUUGAAAAUCUUUUUAUGGCCGCCAAUGUUUUACGUGACACUGAACAUGGUGAAGAGGCCUUGAAAUUGUUAGAAACAUUGACUGCAGAAGAUGAUCAAGCCACAGCCAGAAGACGAUAAUUAUGUUAACUUAUUAUGUUUUUUUUAUACUGUUGAAAUCACCGAUAUUAAUGAUAACUGUGAACACACAUAUUUCAACAUGUUAAUAACGCUAAUAAACCUCGAUAAUUA